UUUUGGUUUCUUGUUAACAUUUGCCUUUCGCUAAGAACACACACUCAUGUCUCUGCUUCUCGGCCAGGCUCCGAAGCUCUGUCUUCGGAAACCAGUGUUUGUUAGAGCCUCUCCUCCUCUUCGCUCUAAUGGCUUGCUGCAAACCCCUCCUUGUUCCAUCAUCGGCGCUGAUCCUUGCGGAGCAAAUCUCGGAAAACUCGUGAUUAUAAAUGCUAACGAAUGUGGCCGCAUUCAUUUGGAUAAGAAGGUGCCUAUGGAGUUGGUGUAUAAUGAUAUUACUGAGGCGAUGGUAACGAUCGGUUCAUCUCAUGGCUGGGUAGCUACUUUGAAGAACGGAACAGUGCGUCUCCAAGACGAUCUCAACCCAUCUGCAUCGGAUUCAGAUCCAAAACGUAUCUCGUUACCUCCUCUUGUAACUCUGCCUCAUUGCCAAACCCAAAUCGUCACUAACGUGGCAAUGUCAUCAACUUCUCCAGAGGAUGAGGACUGUGUUGUGGCUGUCAAGUUCUUGGGACCUCAACUAAGCUUUUGCAGACCAGGUCAAAGUAACUCCGAGUGGACCAAUGUCAGAAUCGAAAACCCCUGUUUCUUCUCCUCCCAAGUCAUGUUUUCAAAGAAACACGGCAUGUUUCGCAUACCCGGAUCCGGAGGCCACCUCAUUGGAUCAUGGGAUCUCCACAAACAGUACAAGAACAUACCUAAGAUCCAGAAGUUGCGAUAUCAGUACCAUCCCGGACAGAUGAAGACCACACCCGAGCUUUUGAAUUUGUACAGCACAAGCGAACACUUGGUGGAGUCACGAUCCACAGGUGAAACAUUCUUGGUUAGGUGGUACAGGGAUAUAAUCGAUAGCAUCGACGGUGCUGCGAUAAUGGAAACAAGUGUUUUAAGGGUUUUCAAGCUUGACGAAGAAGGAAACGCGGUUUACACUGAAGACAUAGGAGAUCUCUGCAUUUUCAUCUCAAGGUCUGAACCUUUUUGUGUCCCUGCUAGCUCUUUUCCAGGCAUGCUCCCUAACAAAGUCCAUAUCUUUGAUUUCGCCGAGGUCGGAUUAGUCGAUCUUGCUGACUGCAGCUACGAGGGUGGUUCAACUAGGUUCGGAUUCAAUGCCCCAUACCAUAUUCCACCUCAAGAUAUAGAAUACUAAGUUUUGAGUCGUCUAGAGAAUCUAUGUCUGUCUAUUAUUGUUAAAUCUUUCAAACAUCACUCUCACUUGGAAACACUAUUACUACUCUGUUUGAUGCAUGUGAGACUUGCUC